GCGUGAUGGGCGAAGCGGUCGUGGCCGCGGGGCCUUGCCCACUGCGCGAGGACAGCUUCACGCGCUUCUCGUCGCAGAGCAAUGUGUACGGACUGGCAGGCGGCGCCGGGGGCCGCGGGGAGCUGCUGGCCGCCACCCUUAAAGGCAAAGUGCUCGGCUUCCGCUACCAAGACCUCCGACAGAAAAUCCGGCCGGUGGCCAAGGAGCUGCAGUUCAACUACAUCCCCGUGGAUGCCGAGAUCGUCUCCAUUGACACCUUCAACAAGUCACCCCCAAAAAGGGGCCUGGUGGUGGGCAUCACCUUCAUCAAGGAUUCAGGGGACAAGGGCAGCCCCUUUCUUAACAUCUACUGCGACUACGAGCCGGGCUCUGAGUACAACCUCGACUCCAUCGCCCAGAGCUGUCUGAACCUGGAGCUGCAGUUCACUCCCUUCCAGCUGUGCCACGCUGAGGUUCAAGUCGGGGAUCAGCUGGAGACCGUGUUUCUCUUAAGUGGAAACGACCCGGCCAUUCAUCUGUACAAGGAGAACGAGGGGCUGCACCAGUUUGAGGAGCAGCCUGUGGAGAACCUCUUCCCCGAGCUCACGGACCUGACGAGCAGCGUCCUGUGGCUUGAUGUACGCAACCUGCCUGGCACCUCGCGGCGCCUCUCGGCCCUCGGCUGCCAGAGCGGCUAUGUCCGCGUGGCCCACGUGGACCAGCAGAGCCGAGAGGUCCUGCAGGCGUGGACAGUGCUGCAGGACGGCCCCGUGUCCCGAGUGAUCCUGUUCAGCCUCUCGCCGGGCCCUGAUGAGCCCGGGGAGUGGCCCCAGCAGGAGGAGCACAGCGUGUUGGUGGCCAGCAUGCUGGAGCCCGCCGUGGUGUACCGGGACCUGCUCCGCCAGGGUCUCGAGGACCAGCUGCUCCUGCCAGGCAGUGACCGGUUUGACAGCAUCCUUUGCGGCCUGGUCACCGACGUGGACUUGGACGGACAACCCGAAGUCCUAGUGGCCACCUACGGACAGGAGCUGCUCUGUUACAAGCACCGGGGCCCCGAGUCAGGGCUCCCCAAGGCUGAGCAGGGCUUCCACCUGCUGUGGCAACGGAGUUUCUCCAGCCCCCUGCUGGCCAUGGCGCACGUGGACCUGACAGGGGACGGGCUGCGGGAGCUGGCUGUGGUCUCCCUGAAGGGGGUGCACAUCCUGCAGCACAGCCUGAUCCAGGCCUCGGAGCUGGUCCUCGCACGACUGCGGCGUCGAGUGGAGCAGAGGAGACGUGGGUCGCAAGGCUCGGAGGACAGGCCGGGUCCAGGGCCUGCUGAGUCCCCAGCCUCCUGAUCAGCCCGCCCCUGCCCUUCGCUCCCCAGGCCUGGGGCAGGUCUCCCAGUCCUUGCCGUGAUUGGAGAAGAUAGAGGGACACUGCCCCU